AUGAACUUCUACCCCGUUCCACCGGUCAUUCAAGCCGAGGUAUUCGUACGAAUCCCUGAUGCACUCAGAUGCACUGGGCAAGCUACCGAUUGGAGGGGUGGAUCAAGCAGUCCGCCAUCGGAAAUCUUCCUUGAGGGGCCGACAUGGCUCAGCAGUGGGGACCUCUACGUGACCGACAUUCCCUACGGUCGGAUUUUGAAAAUAGAUGCGCAAAAACAGGUCACCGAGUGUGUUCGGUAUGAUGGGGAACCAAAUGGACUCGUCGUCCGUGACGAUGGAUGUAUGAUCGUAGCCGACUACAAACAGGGACUUUUACUCUUUGAUCCGGUCGCAAAGACUAUCUCUCCCUUUUUGACACGCCGGAAUCUGGAACGUUUCAAAGGCCCCAAUGACCUCAUCAUCUCUUCCAAAAAUGAAAUCUAUUUCACCGAUCAAGGCCAAACGGGCAUGACUGAUCAAACCGGUCGCGUGUAUCGACUUUGUCCUGAUGGCAAGCUCGACUGUCUUGUUGAUAAUGGCGUAUCUCCUAAUGGAAUCGCCUUGUCGCCAGACGAGCGGUUCUUGUACGUGGCUAUGACUCGUUCCAAUGCUGUCUGGCGACUGCCUCUUCACGCGGAUGGCUCGACCUCCAAAGCGGGACUAUUCUUUCAAUCGUUCGGGUGUGCUGGGCCGGAUGGAUUAGCUGUGGAUGAAGAGGGUAGUCUGUUUAUCUGCCAUCCUAGCCUUGGAUCUGUUUUUGUCGUUGAUGCGGAGGGGGUACCCAAAGCGCGGAUUGUUACUGCACCUGAAGGAGGGAAGAAUCUGACUAAUUGUACGUUUGGAGGGGAGGAUGGGAAGACGAUCUUUAUUACGGACAGUAUGAAAGGUAAUAUUCAGUGUGUGAAAUGGCAUUGUAAGGGCACAGUGAGACCGCAUUGA